UGUAAACACAGCGUAUGCAGAUUGUUAGACAUAGGCCACGUCAAAGGAAAGUAGGUUCUGCAGUUUGGCCAUUUUAAAACGAUUAUUUCGGAUUUUCUGCAGCCAGCUAGGCUCCUAUGCCUAACGCAGCCCAGAUGUGGCAGGCAGCUUACUGACCCCACGUCUUUGUCGACUCCCAAUCGGACGUUUGCAUGACGACACAGCCAGAGGAUCCGAGGAAAGGACAGCCCCCGGAGUACAACACUACCGUGCCAGUGCCAGUGCCAAUGCUGGCCCAACACCAACAACUUCCAAGACGGCGCCGACGCUGACCCGAGCCUUGAAGUUGAGAGAGAUUUGCGAUUUGUCUGCAAUGUUACGUCUCUAGACCUGCGACUUACCUUGUUUCUCGGCAUAUUCGGCAGCAGGAUGCAAACAGCAGACGGCAUGCAUCGUGAAAAAGAAGGCGGCGGCCUUGACCGGGAUGACGGCGAUGGCGACGGCGAGCGCGAUUGGGAUCCAAAGGUCGGAGACCGGCUCCUCAGCUCCCGCAGCCGCGGCAGCCGCGCGAGGUCGGCUGCGGGCCGCUCUCGCCGAUGGGAUUUCCUGUUGGCCAUCCUUGGCGUGAAUGUUGUCGUGGGAUUGCUGCUCAUGACCGUCGCGCCAAACUUUCUGGCUGUCUCGCACUGGCAGCUGCCCUGGUUUGCGCCAGCCGCCACCAACUCGGACGGAGACCAGUACCUGGUCGGCGUGGGUAAGGCCGAUAUCACGGGGCCCGUGGUCGAGGUCAACCUGAUGGGCUACGCCGACCCCAAGCAACUCGGCACCGGCCUACGCCAACGCCUGUUCUCCCGCGCCUUCAUCGUCGGCGACGUCGACCGUCCCGACGACCGCUUCGUCUACCUGGUGCUGGACACGCAGUCUGGCGACACGGCCGUCAGGUACGCCAUCCUGAACGCUCUCCGCGGCCUCGGGCCCGCCUACGCGGCCUACGGCCACCAAAACCUGGCCGUUACCGGCACCCACUCCCACGCUGGGCCCGCCGGCUGGCUCAACUACCUACUACCCCAGAUCACCAGCAAAGGUUUCGACCGCCAGAGCUUCCAGGCCAUCGUGGACGGUGCCGUCCUGUCCAUCCGCCGCGCACACGAGAGCCUGCAGCCGGGAUAUCUGAGCCUCGGCACCACAAAGGUGCACGGCGCCAACAUCAACCGCAGCCUGUUUGCCUACCUCGCCAACCCGCACGAGGAGCGCGCUAGAUACAAUGCCAGCGCAGACGACGACGGGUCAGUCGAGAAGGACCUGACGCUACUUAAGUUCAAGCGCGCCUCGGACCGCAAGAAUAUCGGCGUGCUGACGUGGUUCCCCACACACGGCACCUCGAUGCUGGGCAACAACACCCUCAUAGCCGGGGACAACAAGGGCGUCGCGGCGUACCUGUUUGAACAGAGUAUGCGCGGCGAUGACGGCGCGGCAGAGGGCUUUGUGGCGGGCUUUUCGCAGGCAAAUGUCGGUGACACCAGCCCUAAUGUUCUAGGGGCCUGGUGCGAGGACGGCUCGGGCGACAUGUGCACUUUCGAGAACAGCACGUGCAGCGAUGGCAAGUCGCAGGCCUGCCACGCCCGGGGCCCCCUUUUCAGGGUGCCCGACAACGGGGCGAGUUCGUGCUUUGAGAUUGGCAAGCGCCAGUUCGAGCCCGCCCGGGAUCUCUACCACGCGCUCGAGAGCGACCCCAACCCCGUGCGCGGGUCGUCGGUCAAGUCCUUUCACACCUUUCACAACAUGUCGGGCUUUUCCUUUAUUCUCCCUAAUGGGUCGGUAGCGCGGACAUGCCCGGCAGCCCUGGGUUACUCGUUCGCGGCGGGCACGUCGGACGGCCCCGGAGCGUUUGACUUUACGCAGCACGACGGCAACGAAGACACGACGUCGCCAAUGUGGCGCGUGGUCUCGCGCCUCCUCAACGAGCCCACGGACGAGCAGCGCGCCUGCCACAGCCCCAAGCCCAUUCUUUUAGAUGUCGGCGAGAUGUACAGCCCGUACCAGUGGACGCCCAACGUCGUCGAUGUGCAAGUGCUCCGCGUCGGCCAGCUGGUCAUCAUUGUCAGCCCGGGCGAGGCCACGACCAUGGCGGGCCGGCGCUGGAAAGAAGCCGUCGAGAGCGCCUCGGCUGCCUUGUUCGAGCAAGAAACUGGCGGCAGGUUGCCGUCAGUAGCGCCCGUGGCCGUCCUCGGCGGGCCGGCCAACAGCUACACGCACUACAUCACGACCGAGGAGGAAUACACCAUCCAGCGCUACGAGGGCGCGUCGACCCUGUACGGCCCGCACACGCUUGCCGCCUACAUCAACGUGACGCUGUCGUUCCUGCCCUACCUCGGCAGCAGCGGCAGCCAAUGCACGGCACCGCCACCCACUAGCCACCAAGACGGCAGCGUCUUCCCGCCCGACAACUCGAACCGAUCCCUUUCAUUCAUCCCUGGUGUGGUGCGCGACGGCACGCCGCUGUUCAAGUCGUUUGGCGACGUGCUCGCCGACGUGGAUAGUGUGUACCGCCUUGGCCAAGGCGCGCGCGUGCGGGCCACGUUCGUGGGCGCCAAUCCACGCAACAACCUCCAUCUCGAGGGCACGUACGCCGCGGUCGAGCGGCUGUCCCCCCCGAACGGCGAGUGGUGCCAGGUGCGCGACGACGCUGACUGGGCGCUGGUUUUCCACUGGCGCCGCACAAGCGAAGUGCUCGGGUCCAGCGAGGUCGACCUCGUCUGGGAGCCGGACGCGGGCCCGCACGUGCCCGACCCGGGCGUCUACCGCCUCAGAUACUAUGGCGACGCCAAGAGCCUCGGCGGGACCCUUACGCCGUUUGAGGGCGCCAGCAAGGCUUUUACCUUGUUUUGGUGAUAAGGAUGGGGGGACGGUAAGGUAUGGAUCGGACUCUGAUGGAAUUGGAUGGCAUACGAACGGCAGAGUUGCAUUUCUGGGGGGCAUGGCUAUAUACACGGAUGGUUGCUCGGAUAUCAUUAGUUGGGUCGAGUGAGAUUACGGCAGGCGUUGCUGGGUAGGUUGCGGAUGGAUGGCUUGUAAGAGAGCGUUGGUUUUGGAUUUUCUGUCUCUUGGGUUCAAGCGAUUGCUUUUGUAGUACUAAGUUGUGCAAGAUUGUAUUCUGGGUAUUUGUAUUUCUCAUUCGCGGGUCUGUUUGUUGCUUUUCCCGGCUGUGUUAUAGCAAGGUGAAUUACUGUAUUUGCAGGUAGUAAAGAUGUUGACAGUUGGUUUCCUUUCACAAGCUAUUUCAGGGGUGAGACAAUGGGUUGGAGUACGGAGUAUAUCUCUAGAUACGAAAUAUCUAACCGAGGUAAUCGAUACUAUUGGUCUGAA